UCUAAUUCCAGGUUGAUAAAAUAUGUGGGUGUGUUAAGCUUGGAAGCUAAAGAAUCUCUUAUGAAAUGUUAAAUAAAUAUGUAUUUAUUAGCAAAGAGUAAUGUUAAAAAAAUGUCAAUGUAAAUGUAGCAAAUGUCUAAUAUUUUUAUGUAUAUAUAAAUACAUAUUUUUAUAUUAAAAAUACAUCUAAUGACUAAAAAGGGUCAUGCAUAGUGACAAACUACAUAGAACUAUUAUUAUCAUUCAACAAUACAAUGCAUGCAAUUCUCAUCAGUCACGUGUCAUCAGUGUAGUUUCUAGGCGCAGGAGGCACCUGUGUUUUUUUUUAAAAACCUUCCCAACACCAAACAACAGAAAGAAAAGGUUAGCAACUAGCUAGUGAACACAGUGUGGCAUUUAGCUGCUAAAGCGCAAAAUAUUUUGUUGGUAGAGAUCAGAGCGAAAGAGAGAGUGAAUAUUGGACUUAAAUUGUGUGUCAGCUGACUAUAAACUUGACUCCAAAUGAAUGGUAAGGUUGCCCCGUGUGGCUGGACAGGUUUUGGUUUAGUGCUCAACACUGACACUGUAUUCUUACAGGAACUGAAUGGGGGCUGGGAUCCAGCUAAACUGUAUGAAUAUUAGUCACCUUUCUAAGAUCUCUCUUCUUUUCCUGAUUCCUUAUAAGCUGACAUCCACCUGUGGGUAGAUCACUGCCCCUAUCAGUUUGUCUUGGCUUUACUCUGUCCUGACUACACACUAAUUGAUCGGCUCUUGCUAGUAUCAGCAGCAUGAUUGUGCACUGAUCGAGUUCUUUUGCAGGAUUAAAUAGUGUGAAUGGAUUAGCAUUCUUAAUCACGCAAGAAUAGAUCACAGAGGAUGCUGUUUGUUCCCCUUUGUCUCCCCUAUCCCUUAGUUAAAUACCAGCUCACAGCCAGGUAGUACACAGUGUUUGUUCACAGUGUGGGCUUCUCUGAUGAACACCCCCACAGUGUUGACCAAAGCGAUUAGUCUGUGUUUUAUGAGCCACCCGUGAAGAGUUGUACUCGAUUUAAAUAGGUUAGCAGAAUGAGAACAACAUACCUGCAGUUGAAUGGCCUGCCGGCAUUUAUCUCUGUUGGAUUUCUCUAAAAGUAAAUGUAAUUUGAUGUCUGGCAUUGCCUUGAAAUGCAGAAAGAGGUUUAGCGUAGUUUGCAGCAUUUUUCAAUGCCCCAGAUUUUUUUAAAGCAAAGUUUAGCUGAAGUCAUUGUAAGCAAGGGUUGGAAAUGUGAACUUCCAUAAAUAUAGCAAACACAGGUUUUUAUGCUUAUAAAUAUUACAAAAUGUCAAGACAGAAUGUGUAACUCUCCGACGGGGUUCUGAAUUUCCCACAAACAAGGCUUGCGAUGCGCCUCAAUCAGCCACAGCACUUAACAUCCCUCUGAGAGGUUGAUGCCAAUCUGCCUGCUUGUCACAUCAAGCUCGUCCUGCCCUCUCCCCUCCGCUGCACUUAUCCUCUUCCCCUCCCUCAGAUUUCUCUGCCUCUUUAUGGCAAGUGAUUUCAUGCUGUAGGGGAAACACAACUGGAAGGCCUGCUGGGUGCACGUUAGGGUCCGGGAUAUCGCCACAGGCUGUUAUGUGUGUAAACACGCCGACAGCGCUGGCAGGUUUCGGCUCUCAGAAACCCUCAACUGUUGUGUUUUUUCAAGAAAAUGAACCGUCUUCUGUCAUCCGCCAGUUUCUGCGCGUCACACAAACAAGACUCCGCCAUCCUUUUCCUUGUUAUUCAUGUUGUUGCUCUCAUGUUCAGAUGGCCUUUGAAAUCACACAUCUUGGCCAAGAAGAAUUAGAUUUAUUUUAAUGACUAAAGGUUAUACAGUAAACAUUGCAGAAGAAGCAAGAAUUCUGGAUGUUUCACUUAGAACAAAGUCAACAAAACUCAUCUCUCCCUUCAGUAUUCACACCGCUGUGUCUGUGUGUUAUUGAAAAAUGCCUUAUUUUAGUCUAGGGGUUACUGCAAAACACAGACCCCUGAGGCGAAGACCUUCACCCAUGAUCUCUGAGCCACGGCUUGUUAUGAGUGUGUGUGAGGUUGUGCCGCGUGUGUGUUUCUGCUCAUUCCGACUGGUUAACUUUAAAUAAGAUGCUCCGAGCCACAGUAAACCCUUACUCCCUCACUACCUUCCUGUUUCUUUCCCUUCCAAUAGCACCCCAGGCCCUGUAAAAACACUGAGGAAGAAGAAGGAGUAGUUGGCAAGCAGACCACAGAUGGGGGGGAGCAAGGUUACACCCAACUGCAAGGCUGGGAGGAUUGAUUGUAAAAAGAUGCUUAUAACAGUGACUCAACCUUGCUUAUGAAAUCCAUAUUUUUUUUUGCACUUCUCGUGUUAAACAAGAUAAAUUGGUUGUCUGGCACAGUUUUGUUCAGACCUUUUGCCCAUCAGUGUUCUGCUUUAUCGAGCUUGACAGGUUUUUUUUUUGUUCUUAGGAAAUGUUCUGGGGGUCAUAUGUCUUGUGAGGCGGUUGAAGCUAUUGCUAAAUAUCUUGAGGGAAUGUUGGGUGUGAAAGGAUAAACAGUCAGUAUGAAAACUGUGUUGAUACUUGGAAUGAAUACGCCAGCCGUUUCUACAUUUAUGUCUUAGUUACAAUAAAAAUAUGCAUGUUAAUUUCCCCUAUAAAAUGAUGCAUAGCUACAAUCUGCCAUUCAUUAUCACAUGAUCUUUUCUCCACACCUGCAGCUGCAUCUUGGCUCUCCUGACUCUGGCAAAGCUUUCACAAACCAGGAACAACCUGUCCCAAGAUUACAGAAAUAACCUUGUAGGAGAUUGUAUUUUUAAUGACCUGAAAUGUUUGGAUGUGUCUCUGCAAUUCUUUGUCCAGAGAGGAGCUGGAGGGCUUUGAGUCCAGCGGUACUCUGAACCACCUCAAGGUGUGUUUCUCCAGAGACGAGCAGGAGGAGGAGGAGGAGGAGGAGGAGAAGAAGGCGGAGGUGGUCACCAUCUCCGCAGCGCGAUGCAAAUACGUCCAACACAACCUGCUACUUCACAACCAACAGAUCGCAGAAAUCCUGCUCAAACGUAAUGGUUGCAUCUAUGUCUGCGGAGAUGCUAAGAACAUGGCUAAAGACGUGAACGACACCCUGAUGGAUAUGAUCAAAACGGAGCUUCAGGUGGACCAGCUGGAGGCUAUGAAGACACUGGCAAGGCUGAGAGAGGAGAAACGCUACUUACAGGACAUCUGGGGCUGACGGUGCAUGACGAGAUAAGGGCAUUUUGCAGCAUUCACUGGCCUUUUUUUUUUUUUUUUUUCACACCUUCAAGAAAAAAAAAUCUGCAUGCUCUGCUGUAAACUCUGGAACCAUAAAAUUGUGGAUGCUGAAGCACGGAGUUAGUUUACACCACCCAAUGCUACCAAGAUGGAAUGUACCAUGCUGACCCCGGGGAUAUCGGUUCACUACAUCAUCUUGGGCUUUGCUGUUUGAACAAAAAUGACCUUGGUCUGGGCAAUAGUGCUGGAGAUUGGUCCUGCAGUGUGAAAAUGCUUUUAGUGUAGACAAGCCUCCUUCUCCUCAUCUUGUCUGGGGAAAAGGCACUUACUUCCGUCGGCUGUGAUGGAGUGAUUUUGAUGAGACUGUGUCAGAUAUCGCUCCAGCCUAGAUGGAAACACAGCAGUCUGUAGCUAUUUAACAACACACACACACACAGUAAAUUGGUUAUUGUCAUUCAGGAUGAAAGAAAUCUUUUUUUCUUCAUCAGUUAUUUUUUGUUUUUGCUGUGCCAAGCCGGCUAUGAAUGCCAGCUCAAUGCACCAAGGUAUAUACCUCUAAAGUCAUAAUCAGUAGAAAUUAUUUCAAAUGAUGAUUUAAAAAGGUAUCUCAAUUCCAAAAUAUUUUGGUUUGCUGCAUUAUAACUUAUUAUCAUCAUAUUUCAAUCCAAAAUACUGUGGGUAUAGUUAAGUUUUUAUCUUAUUUCGGAGAUAAUGAGAACAGGUUUUUUAAUCAUUUUUGUAAAUGAAGUUCUUGGAGAUGAGGACAGUUAUCAGUGAUUCAUCAUUAUACUGUGUGCUAAAUUAGUACAAAGGGCGUGAAUUUCAAUGAUAAUGCACAGCUCUAACUUUGUUUAUGUCUGUCUGCCCCAGCAGUCUGUCUGUCUGCCUGUUUGGAGACGGUCAAGUCCAACUUUUCUAAGUCCUGCAAACCCGACUAAAAUCUCACAAACUGUAGUUAAAACAAACACAACUGUGCCUUGUGUGAUCAGGAAUUAAAAGACAUUUCAGUGUAAACUA